AUGCCUCGCCGAGAAAUUUUUCUUCUCACAGUGAAGGGCGAGAGAGCUCGCCCGGGUCUCACCGCAGCCCUGACCGAGACGAUGGGCAAGCACAACGUUACCGUCCUCGACAUCGGGCAAGCUGAGAUCCACGAUAUGCUGUCUCUCGGCAUGCUAAUCGAGGCCCCGGCUGAGCCAGGCACUGAGAGUCUGAACGUCCUGAAGGAGAUCGUCUUCAUGGCACAUCACCUGGGGCUCACAGUCAAUUUCACUCCCAUCUCUGCUCCUGAUUACGAAAGAUGGGUCGCCGAACAAACCAAGCCUCGUUUCACUGUGACUCUGCUCACUAGGAGGCUCCAGGCACAAUACCUUGCCAUUGUAACGAAGAUCAUCUUCGACAACAACUUGAACAUUGACAGCAUUACUCGACUUUCUGGUCGAGUUUCAUUGCGGGGCCUCAAUUCCACUAAUGUGAAAGGGCAACGAUCUGCCCUUCAGUUCGAGGUCAGCGGAAAGCCUCGCAAUGUGGAUCAAAUGAGAGAAGAACUCUUCAAAGUCUCUCUCAGCCAACCUGUCGACAUCGCUGUGCAGGACGAUGAUCUCUAUAGAAGAAACAGGCGCCUCAUUCUCUUCGACAUGGACUCGACUCUCAUACAGUGCGAGGUCAUUGAUGAACUGGCCAAGAAGGCAAAUGUUGGGAAGCAGGUGGCAGAAAUCACAGAAGCAGCCAUGCGAGGGGAACUUGACUUCAAGGAAAGCUUCAAGAGGCGUAUGAGACUCCUCAAGGGGAUGGACGAGAAUGUCCUGCAGGAGAUUGCUGAGGGACUCCCUGUCACAGAAGGAGCUCCAAGGCUGAUAGCUAACCUUAAGAGGUUGGGUUACAAGGUUGGAAUCCUGUCAGGAGGUUUUACCUACUUCGCUCGCUUCUUGCAGAAGAAGCUGGGAAUCGACUAUGUGCACGCCAAUGAGCUGGACUUCAAGGAUGGAAAACUUACAGGAGAAGUGAAGGGAGAAAUCGUUGACGGCAAUAGGAAGGCAGAGCUGCUUCAGGAGAUUGCGAAGAAGGAGGGCUUGUCUCUUAAGCAAGUUAUUGCAGUCGGUGAUGGUGCCAACGACAUUCCUAUGCUCAAGCUCGCUGGGCUCGGUGUUGCUUUCCAUGCAAAGCCGAAGGUUAAAGAGCAGGCAAAAGUGGGAAUCAGCACGCUCGGACUAGACGGCAUCCUCUACCUGCUUGGUGUGAGGGACAGGGAAGCUCUCAACGAGGUUGGAGAUGAAACAAUUAACGAGGUUCUCAUGCCAAAUGCAAAAUUAUGA